AUGGCCGCCGCGUUGGAAGAGACUCCCGUCAGCUAUGAGGACCUGGCGGACAUCGAGAGGGAUUUCGAUGAUGCCGAGACGGACAUCAUAAGAAAACAGGUCCUCCUCACCGCCCCCCUCUACUCCCGCCGCAGCAAAACCAUCUCCCAAAUCCCCAACUUCUGGCCCCUGGUCCUCGAGCAAGCACCCCCAGACAUCGACCAGUACAUCCAGCCCUCCGACUCCGCCCUCCUUUUAUCCUCGCUUCUCAACCUCUCCGUCUCGCACUUCGAAGUCGACCUCGAUCCCAGAUCUGUGUCAAUACGCUUCGAGUUCGCGGAGAACGAGUAUUUCGACGACAAGGUGCUGGAGAAGAAAUUCUGGCAUCGGAGGAGUAGAGAUGGCUGGUCCGGACUGGUGUCGGAGCCGGUGGGUAUUAAGUGGAAGACAGACCGUGACUUAACGGGAGGCCUGCUGGACAUGGUUGUCAAAGCGUGGGAAGCGGACAAAUCCACGUCAACAACAUCGCAAUCGAACAGCAACGGUGCGGGGAAUUCAUCGAGAGGAUUGACGCCGGAGCAGAAAGCACUAAAGAAGAAGAUAGAAAACACAGGCAUGGGCGGCCUCUCCUUCUUCGCCUGGUUCGGCUUCAUUGGAAGACAUCGGAAAUCGAGAUCAAGGAGCAGCUCGAGGACGCCGAGUAGUGAUGAGGAUGAGGAGAGUGUGGGCGAGGAUGAUGUGGGUAUGAGCUUAGAGAUCUUUCCUGAUGGGGACGAUCUCGCGGUUGCGUUUACGGAGGAUCUGUGGCCGGGGGCUAUUAAGUAUUUCACACAAGCACAGGAGCAAGACGCCCUCUCAGACGCGGAUUUCGAGUCUGACGAUGACGAGGGUCUGGAUGAGCCGGCCGAGGACUCGGAAGACGAGGAUGAGCGGCCGGCGAAGAAGCAGAGGUCGGGGUAG